ACAGAGAUCUUCAAAAGAGAGUGUGUGAUCUUCCAGAAACCAGUCUACUGCUUUGUUCAUCUGAGCAUUCAGGAGUUUCUGGCUGCAGUCUACAUGUUCCACUGUCACACCAACAGGAAGACAGAGGUGCUGAAGAACUUCCUUAAACCAAAAUCUUUGACCAAGAUGAUUUCCAGUCUUUUUGAUAACAAAGAUCUCCAAUCACUUGAUGUAUUUCUGAGGAGAGUCAUGGAGAAAUCCCUCCAGAGUAAAAAUGGCCACCUGGACCUGUUUGUUCGCUUCCUUCAUGGCCUCUGUCUGGAGUCCAACCAGAGACUCUUAGUAGGUCUGCUGGGUCAGACAGAGAUCAGUCCAGGAACCAUCCAGAGAGUCAUCAACAACCUGAAGGAGAUGAACAGUGAUGAAAUCUCUCCUGACAGAAGCAUCAACAUCUUCCACUGUCUGAUGGAGAUGAACGACCUCUCAGUACAUCAGGAGAUCCAAGAGUUCCUGACGUCAAAGAACAGAUCAAAGAAGAAACUCUCUGAGAUCCAGUGCUCAGCUGUGGCCUUCAUGCUGCAGAUGUCAGAGGAGGUUCUGGAUGAGUUGGACCUGCAGGAGUACAAAACAUCAGAGCGGGGACGAUGUAGACUGAUUCCAGCUGUGAGGAACUACAGAAAGGCUCGACUGACUCAGUGUCGACUCUCAGAGUCUCACUGUGAAGUUGUGGCCUCAGCUCUGAAGUCCAACCCCUCCCAUCUGACAGAGCUGGACAUGAGUGAGAACAAGCUGCAGGAUUCAGCAGUGAAGCUUCUGUGUGCUGGACUGGAGAGUCCAAACUGUCGACUGGAGACUCUGAGAAGUGACAGACUUGAGCAGGGUUCAUUUAAAGGCUGACAGAAGUGGAGUGGUGACGGGGAGAUGUUUGACAGGACAGUGUUUCAGCCUCCACAGGUUCAUGUUGUGCUCCAUCAGUCAGUGAAGAUGAAGUCAGUGCUGAAAGCAAAUUAGUGUCUGUGUCCCAAUUAAGAGACCGCACGCUUGAAGUACCCACAUUUCAUC